AUGUCUAAGAAGCGCACCCUUGAGGCCUUCUUCAGCCCUACAGUGAAGAAACCCAAAACAGAACUUGGAGCAAUAAUUUCCGGUGAUCACGAUUCAGAAGAACCUACCUAUUCAAAGCACCAGUUCUACCCUCAUCCUAUCAAGGACCUUCCAGUCUCCCUCAGUAAGGAGCUGGCCACUCUACCAGAUCAACCUGGCAGAGAAAUCAAUGACCAGCCUGAUCUGGAUCUUCUAUACUUUGAGCCAUUCAUAACAACUUCUGUAUCUCGAAGGCUCUUUGAGUUUCUCCGAGCAGAACUUCCCUUCUAUAGAGUUGAGUAUAAGAUUAAACGGGGUGGAAUAGAAACCCAAAUACGAACGCCAAGAUGGACAACUGUAUUUGGCCUCGACGAAACCUCUAGGUUCGACGACCAAGGUCUGCCUGUAGAUGCCAACACUGGUUCCAGAGCUUUGAAUAAGCGAUACGCCAACUAUCCUCCUAGACCUAUUCCAAAAUGCCUCCAAGAGCUUCGUCGUCGGACUGAGCUGGCUACAGGAUGCGAGUACAACUUCUGCCUUGUCAACUACUAUGCCUCUGGUUCCGACAGCAUCAGCUUCCACAGCGACGAUGAACAGUUCCUUGGUCGUGAUCCCGCCAUUGCCUCCUUUUCACUCGGAGCACGACGUGACUUUCUCAUGAAACACAAGCCACCGCCACCAAACUCCAUGAACCCUCCUGCUGCGAGCACGAAACCGUUAAAGUUGCCACUAGGAAGCGGUGACAUGGUUUUGAUGAGGGGUAGAACACAAUCAAACUGGCUGCACUCGAUACCAAAGAGAACAGGAAAGAAUCAGGAAGAUGGCGGAAGGAUCAACAUCACAUUUCGAAGAGCAAUGGUUAAAGGAGGGACGGAGAAUUACUACAACUACAAUGUUGGGACAGGUCCAGUGUAUAGAUGGAAUAGGGAGGCCAGAGAGAUGCUGGUCUGGAAAUCGUGA